AUGAACGCUGUAGCUGAGGCAGUGCGUGAGGCUGCAGUUGCAGCGGCUAGGGCUGUUGACCGUCUUGGAGUGAGAAACGGGAAUGAGAAUGAGCAUGGGGAAGAUAGUAGGAAUGAUGAGAACAACUUAGGGCAUCCUGAAAGACCUAUGACCCUUGCGACCUUUCUAAAGGUUAACCCGCCUAAGUUUAAAGGUGCACUCGUUGCGACCGAUGCUGACAACUGGGAUGAAUUUUAUAAGAAGUAUUUCCCGAGAGCAGCACGUGAUGCCAAGGAGAUGGAGCUUUUGCAGCUGAAACAAGGGGAUAUGACUAUUGCUGAGUAUGCCCGUAAAUUCGAUGACUUGUGUUGUUUCUCCAAGAUUUGUCAAGGGAACCCAGCAGACUUUGAGGAAUGGAAGUGUUUAAAGUUUGAAGGAGGACUCCGAGAAGAACUGAUGAAUUCUGUUGUUCCGCUAGAAAUACGAAAUUUUGCUGAACUAGUGAAUAAAAGUAAACUAGUGGAAGAAUGUUCAAAGAAGUUGGCGAUAGCUCGAGCAAGUCGUAGGGAGGAUUUACAAAGAGACUUUGUUCAGAAUUUAGCCCCUCAAGGUCGCAACUUUAAAGCCAUCGGUCAAUUCCAGCAUUGGAAUGGAAACCACCGAGCUGUCAGCCUUCUAACUUGCAAUAAUGGUAGUGACAAUAACCGUGACAUUCGACAAGGACAUGAGAGUCAACCUCACCAAGCUCAGAAUGGUGUAAUAUGCCCAACUUGUGGAAAGAACCAUGGUAGUAGGCUUUGCCGGGUUAGAACAGGUUUAUGUUACUAUUGUAAUAAGGAAGGACAUCGGGCAAGAAACUGUCGGAAAAGAAUGGUAGAUGAGUCUGCUGGCAACACUAUAAAGUUUGGAUCUAUCACUCGAGGUAAGUUCUAUGCUAAGAAUUUGCUUAAGUCAGAUAUCAUUGCAACUUUUUACCUACGCCUCAAAUUUUGA